AUGUCACCACUCCUCCUCUUGAUAAAAAAGGCACUCUCCAUCCUCUACAGACUCCACUACCCUUUCCGUUUCUCAAACGCCCUUCAGAGUUCAGACGAUCCCCGCUACUCCCACGGCCACCAUCAGAAUCCAGUCCACCGAGGUGGGUCGCAGCAGACGUCUCCUUCGCCGGCGGUGGACUGCUCGAGUCUGGUACUGAACAUGGCGGACUGCCUGUCGUAUGUGUCGAACGGGAGCACCGCGUCGAAGCCGGAGGGGACGUGCUGCACAGGGCUGAAGACGGUGCUGAAGGCGGACGCGGAGUGUCUGUGUGAGGCCUUCAAGAGCAGUGCGCAGUAUGGAGUGGUUUUGAACGUUACCAAGGCUAUCUAUCUCCCUACUGCCUGCCGCGUCUCUGCUCCUUCUGUCAGUAACUGUGGACUUUCGAUCACUCCUGCUGGUUCUCCUGUGGAAAUCCAAUCUCCAGAAGCAUCUCCAUCAUCAGAAGCCACAGCACCUGCCUCGCCCACAUCCGCCAGUGAGAUAGCUAUGGCGCCGGCGCCGGCGCCGGGAAGCUCGUCUUCUUCUAUGGUGUCCAUUUCUGUUGGGUCUCUUGUUCUGAGCCUUGCAGCGGCCGCACUCUCCUUCUGAGAUAAUACGGCACCGUUUUGAAGGAGGAACAGAGGGAUAUUUCAUAUUUGUGACGUUUUGAUUUUAAAAAUUUGGGUAUUUAUUUCUCUCUUUCUUUCUUGUAUGAGAUAGUAGGUAUAUAAUUCAUUCGAGUCUAACUUGGAACCCAUCCGGGCUUUUUGUAUUUCACUUAUAUUUAUCAUUUGCCUUUUCCUUGGACAUUUU